AUGGCACCCGACGAAUCUAUACCAACUCUUAAAAUUCUCUUGAUAGGUCCGUCAGGAGCUGGUAAAUCUGCAUUGCUCAUACGAUAUUGUGAUGAUCAGUUUGAUUCAGAAAGUAGUACUGCUACUAUUGGCGUCGAUUUUAAGUUAAAAACCCUCUCUAUCCACGGCUCUCCUUACCGGCUUAAUCUGCUCGAUACAGCAGGCCAAGAACGUUUUCGCACGCUCUCGAAUUCUUACUACCGGGGCGCGCAUGCGGUAUUAUUGGUGUAUGAUGUUACGAAUCGCGAGUCGUUCAAUAGUUUGAGUAGAUGGAUUGAUGAGGCGGAGAAUAAUGCGGUGGAUGGAUGUGUAUUCUGGAUUGUGGGAACGAAAUGUGAUUUGGAUGGUAAAGGGAAGCGGAUGGUGAGCGAAGAAGAGGGGAGAAGGCUGGCGGAGGAAUGGAGAGAGAGGGGUGUGGCAGGAUGGGGAGAGUGUAGUAGUAAGACUAGGGAGGGUGUGAAGGGGGUUUUUGAGGGAGUGGUGAGGGAGGUCGUCAAGAGACCGGAGUUGUUGAAGGGGGGGCAGAGGAAGUCUGGUGGUGUCACGAUCGGAGGAACCAACAACAGCUCUACAUCGGGAUGCGCUUGCUAG